CCGGUCUCCUCUCGUUUCCGUUUGGCAACCACUGUUUUUCCGGUCGACUGGCUGGAAACUAAUGGCUCAGCUCAACCAUCCGGCACUCCUCUUCCUUCUGCAGGUAGCGCUACCUCUUUACCUUGCGGCCACGGCCGCCUCUGCCGCUCCUAUCAUGCAAUUGGUAGAAAUCACCGGCGGCCAUCCUAUCGUAGGCAAAGGAGGCAACACCAUUGAUCUUGUAUUGGACCAAUCCUCAGCCUCUGGUUUCCAAUCAAAGCAGCAGUUCCUGUUCGCUCGGCUGGAUAUGAAGAUCAAAUUGCCUGCAAAUGAUUCUGCUGGAACGGUCACCACUUUCUACAUGUCAUCACAAGGUGCGGCUCACGAUGAGAUUGAUCUUGAGUUCUUGGGCAAUGUGAGCGGCCAACCAAUAGUGCUUCACACUAACAUCUAUGCUCAAGGAAAGGGCGACAAGGAGAUGCAGUUCUAUCUUUGGUUCGACCCAAGAGCUCAAUACCACACCUACAGUAUUCUUUGGAACCCGCAGUUCAUCAUAAUUUACGUGGACGGGAAGCCCAUCAGAGCCUUCCCCAACCUCUCUGGAAUGGGAAUUCCGUUCCCAACGAGCCAAAAUAUGAGGAUGUAUGCGAGCAUAUGGAACGCUGACGAUUGGGCAACCCAGGGAGGAAGAGUGAAGACAAACUGGAGCCAUGCACCCUUCUUAGCUUCCUACACCAGCUUCCAGGCAACCUCUUGUCCGGCCACCUCCAAGAACUCUCGGUGCAUGAUUUCUAGAAGCAGAAGCGGCAAAGUUCCUCAGCUUGAUAAUGCAACAAGGAGCACCAUCCAAUCUCUGCAGAAAAAAUACAUGAUCUACAACUACUGCGCAGACAAAGCGCGCUUCCCGCAAGGCCUUCCUCCAGAGUGCUCCGUCAAAUUCUAGUUUUAUUGAAUGAAGUUUGUCUUUGUCUUCGGGUCCCUUAACUUUGAUGACUUUUGAUGAUUUAUCCCAAUAAAUAUGACUACAAA